GCAUCAUGCUCACCCGGGCUUGCAGACAUGGCCGUCAAGGAAUUGUUACGUUGGUUGAAAGCGCAUUGCAACUACAAUACAACCAAGACGUCAAAGAUCUUAAUGACUACUUCCCUGUAGUUGUCGAGGAGCUCCUACACAAGACAACUGUUUCCAAUGCUUCAAACAAUUCAAGCAAACUCCUGCAAUAUUCGUUCGGUGGUAAACUGCUUCGCGCGACUGCUUCCUUCAACGUUAUGCGAGAGCUAACUGGAUUUACAACGGAUGAAGAAAUGCGUGUGUCGAAGGCCCUUGCUUGGAGUAUAGAACUGAGCCAUGCUGCAUUGUUGAUGUUAGACGACAUUGCAGACGAUGCGAUAACUCGACGAGGUUUGCCUUGUUGGCACGUCCAAGUUGGCCUUCGGGCGGUUCUCGAUGCGCUCUUCUUGCAGCACUGUGCCGUGAGCAUAAUCGAAACUCACUUCAAAGGCGAACCUUACCUGGAUAUGCUGAAACUGUUUCAAAAUACAAUGUUCGAGGCUUCAAUCGGUCAAAACUAUGACAUUCAUUGCACAAAUUCGGGUGUCAUAAAAUUUGAUGAGUUUAGCUUGCAACGAUUUCGUGACCUAUGCCUUCACAAGACGUCUCACUAUUCAUUUUACUACCCCAUCGCCAUGGCCAUGUUUGCGUGUGGUCUCACUGAUAAGUCAGUGCACAAUGCUGCUCGUGACCUUGCAUCACACAUCGGAAAACUACGGCUUCAACGACCGAAGGAGAGUUGACACAAUACUUCAGCUGUACGAUGAGCUCAAAAUAACGGAAGCUUUUCUCCUCGAAGAACGGCAGUUGGUGCAGACGAUCAAAGAUAAAAUAAAAACACAUUCGACAAUCUUACCUCCAUCAAUUUACAAGUAUGUUUUAGAAAACAUUAAGUACAAUUUAAAACGCUAGGUCACACGACUGUUAUUUUGCCAUUACGUUUUUGUUCAAUCUUUGCGCCAUUAUACACUUUUUAUUAUUAUUAUAAGGGUAAUUUCACUUUUCACUUUAUUUUGAUCUCCUUCCCACUCUUGGUAUAACUGCACGGAGCUAGAAGGACGAUGUACUACGAUUAUAAUCCAUAUGGUGUAAGUUGAAAACCUUUUCGCCAGAAGAAACUUGUAAACAACUUAGCUUGCCAACAUACUAAACGGAAAGGUUUUCAGUCAAAACUACGCUGUAGUAGAGGUUUUACCAGUCUAAAUACUAAAUUUGUUGUGAAACAUGGUGUACACACGCAGUGUUUUGAAAACUGAACACACUGUUUGAAAAUUUGGGGGGAGAUUUUACAGCAUAAGUCUGGGUGUACUACUGUAGUUGCCAAGUAAAAUUCCAGCAAAAUUACUACUACUUGUAAAAUUACAGAACACUGGGAAAAAUAACUCGAAAGAAUUAUUGCAAAACUAAUACCAAAUACAAUCCUUUAAAAAAUCGUAACUUUACAAGAGAAUGCAUCUAACCUAGUUCAGAAAUAUACUGGUAAUUGUACGGAGCAUAGGAAAUUUCCCACGCAAUUUCUGUAAAAUUACAAAUCGGGCAAUUUUACACGAAAAUGGAAAAUUUUUUGGAAACCUGUAGUUGCUGUAAUAUAACUACAUUUCAACUGGAAUAAUCCAGGAAACAUGUAAAAUUGCCGUACACUAUUUUAAAAGUAGUAGUUUUACAGAAAGUGCAGAAGGUGAGUAACCGAACUGUGUAAUUUUAUAAACUAACAGGAAAUUUCCCAAAUUUUUCCUGUAAAAAUACCUCUUUCAUAAUUUCACAGAAAUUCUCUGGUAAGAUUCACUCAUUGAUGUAGUAAACUGUUGACAUUUGCAUGCGACACGGGCCAGAGAGGACGCCUCCACAAUGUCACAAAACUGUCGCACAUAGUGUACUUUUUUUUCAACCGGCCAGUUAUUGUGACGAUAACAAAAAUCAAAAACUGAUGGCUUUUUCCCAGUCAGACGAUUGUUUCUGGUCUAUCAAAUUUACAUUGUCUUACAUUCUGAUGUAUUUUAUAUCGAUUCCUGGUUGAAUCCACGACAGUGGUUUUUCGCUUCUAUUACGAUGGCUGGCCGAUAAAGAUUUAGUUCCAACGAAAAAAGGAUAGAGCGAUAGAAUCAUUUUUCACAUUUCGUAUAUCGCACCGAUAGUCCGUAUUUUUUUGCUACUAUUGUCCACCAAUCUUAGGGCAGUUCUGUGCCACUAGGGCAGCCGACGACCUUCAGGCUAACGAUUAGUGACACAUGAAUUUCUUACCUCCAAAACAUCUUGCCGGGAAUCCCUCAGGCCGCCGCGCCGCUGGACCCUCGGGAAUAAGGAGUAGCAGGAGAUAGAGAGGAAACGACGGGCGGGCAAGGGCCUGCACGGCCAAAUGUGCGGCUCAUUUUCUUCCAAAUGCUUCCACUUAUAUAAAAUCCGAAAGCAGCAUCGGAUAGGGGAAGGUCGAUAGUAUGGCCGCGUAGUUUCAGCUCGAUCCGUCACAUCCUUCUGCCUGAACGCCGCGCGACCGCCGGGCCCCUGUCAUUCGGCAGGGCUCGGGGCGGGUUCGGGAUGCCUGCGCUAAGUCGCUGAAAACGUUCCGCUGAUAAUUUCCUCAAAACAGCAAAGUGAGUGUUUCUUAUGAUUGAUAUCGGCACAGAAUGGUAUAAGAUGAUUUUUAAGGAUAUUUCGGUACCUCACCGACCGCUGAAAUACGAUUUCACGACAAUAACAAUCCGUUAGCGUUAUUGCGCUAAUUUUUCUGAGGGUUAGCGUUAGCGGGUAGCGCCGCUAACAGGGUCGAUAAGCGCUUUAGCGGCACUAACGCUAACAGGAAACUAACAAAUCCAGCCGAAUCACUAAAACUUUUACUAAACAAACGCGAAAUCGAAGUCAUAAGUCAUCACAGUUUAUGCAAUUCACCAAAUCCAGCAAUAGAAGCACAUCAAUAAAGAUGAGUCUGUACAACAGAAACAAAACACAGCCUUACAAAACAGAAAACUAAAAACUGUAUUAUAAUUAUUGUUGUUUCUGAAGCUGCAAAUAGAGAAAUAGUCUGCACAAUAUACAGUCUAAAAGGAUUUUGUUCAUAAAGUUAAAGAUAAAUAAAUAAUAACCAACACAGUUUCAAAA